AUGAUCUGCGGUUGCCUCACCGGCGUCUCCUUCCACUCCACCUCUCAGCCUCCGAUGCCCCUCAACGCCUCGGCCUGGCCGGCCCUCGGGGCCCCCGGCGACGCCCUCGCGGCCCCCGGGGGCCCCGAGGGCGUCGCCUGGGGCCCCGAGGGCCGGCAGCUGCUGGAGGACUGCCGGUCCAACAGCACGGAGGCCUGGCUGUGGCUGUCCGCCCUGCAGCCCGCCUACCUGGCCCUGGUGAGCACGGUGGGCGUGGUGGGCAACAGCCUGGUGCUCUGCGUCUUCCUCCUCCAGAGGAAGCCCUGCACCGUGGCCGACAUCUACCUGGGCAACCUGGCGCUGGCCGACCUGGUGAUGACGUCCUGCCUGCCCUUCUGGGCCGUGACCAUCGCCCGCCACUACCAGUGGCCCUUCGGCCAGGCGCUGUGCAAGGCGGUGAACGUGGCCAUCGCCAUGAACUACCUGUGCUCCGUGCUGUUCCUGGUGCUGGUGAGCGUGGACCGCUACCUGGCCCUGGUGCGGCCCCUGAGGCCCAGCAGGCUGCGCAGGGCCGGCUGGGCCAAGAGGCUCUGCCUGGGGGUGUGGCUGCAGGGCCUGCUGCUGAGCCUGCCCGUCCUGCUGUUCCGCAGCGUGCGCUUCGUGGCGGACGCGGGGGUGGAGGCCUGCAUCCUGGACUACCCCCACCCGGCCUGGGUGGUGCAGUACAACGUCACCCUCAACGUGCUGGGCUUCGUGCUGCCCGUGAUGGCCGUGAGCUACUGCAGCUGGCACAUCGUGGGCGCGCUCCGGGAGAGCCGGGCGCGCCGGCUCCCCGGGGCGCGGGCCGAGACCCGGUCCACCCAGCUGGUGCUGGCCGUCCUGGCCGUGUUCCUGGCGUGCUGGACGCCCCACCAGGUGGGGCGCUUCCUGGACACGCUGGACUACUUCGGGCUCACCCCGGGGUGCCUCUGGGGGAAGGUGCUGGACAUCGGGCUACAGCUGUCCUCCUACCUGGCGUACAGCAACAGCGCCAUCAACCCCUUCCUGUUUGUGAUCCUGGGCCGGAGCUUCAGGCGCAGGGCGCUGGAGGUGUUCCGCGCGGCGUGGGGACGGCGGUCCACGUCCCGGGACGGGCACUCUGUGGUCAGCUGGGCGGCCGUGAAGAGAGCCAACGACGGGCACACCCAGCUGUUUGACCCCCUGUCCAACUACCGGAGCAACGCUGCAGAGCUGUACCGAUAAAGGGAUGGGAUGGAUACCGGGAGGAUUCAGAACCGACUCAUCAGCCUGACCGGUGUUGGGGCCAGAGACUAAAGACACCAACCACACUGUUACGCAUCUGAGUCGUUGUGUAAUCAGAAGUGAACAACAAUGUUACAGACGACUGCUUGUUUAUUCUGAAGUGAACCAGAAGGGCUAACUGCAUAUGCUAUUGUUUGCAUGACUAAGAGAUAGUUAGGGUUAAUGUUAUUAUCGUGGCCAUCUGUCGACUCCACUGAGCCAUGUCCGUGAUGAGUCUGGUUUGUAUUAUGUAGAGUGAGCAGGACUCGUCUUGUAUCUGAUAAUGAAUCCCAAAGGGAUGUGGGGAAGAGGUUAGCAUGAGGGCUAAUGACCACACCUGGCCAAUAAAUGAGUGUUGAACUGUGA